CAAUGUUAUAUAGAAAGAUGGCAAUUUGUAUAAGCUGUGUUUCUUAAUUAAUUUAUAGUUUUAUACAUACUCUAUACAAGCACAACUAGCAUGAUGAUGAUAUAUGGAGGCAAUUUAGGAUCCCUACAGUAAAAAGUUAAAUUAAUGUUGUAUAGGCACACAACUACUAGGUACAAAUACAAGUUUCUGAAGGCAACAACAGCAAAUAUAGCUGUGAUUAACAUAUUAACAAAUAUACUGUAAAACGAUUCAAUCACGAAUCAACUAACAAUACAAAGAGAACUCUCAUCUCAUUUCUUCCUUCUCUCUUUUUCUCUUCCAAAUUAUUCAUGGAGAGUUCAAUGAACAAUGCUUUCAUUAUGAGCAAACAUGAAACAACGGCGUUUUCAGGCGACCAAACUCCGGAGGAAAGCAGCUGGACUAUGUACUUUGAGGAUUUCUUCGAGGCUUCUUCAAGCAUAGUGCACGCCGGAGAUUGCAGAUCUUCCUCCAUCUCCGACGCAGCGUCGUUUGUCGUCACUAAGAAGACUCUCCACGUGUCUAAGCAAGAAGGGUCUAAUUAUUCCAUAAACAUCAAGAGGACAAGAAAUAGAGAGAUUCCUUUUGGUCGUCAUCAUGAUCUUGAAGACACUGCCUCUUCUCCUUCUCAUAGCCCUAACGUCAUUGUCUCUCUCUCUCUCAUUCUCUCUACGAAUAUAUGA